AUGGAACAUCUGCUCAAUGACAACCUUCUGAAGUAUUUCACCCAGUAUGCUUUACUGGAGGGCAGCACCUCUGCACUGUCCAUUAGUGGGCUCAAAAAUCUACUUCAGAAUCAAUUUGCACAGUACCUGAAGGAUUCAUUCUCACUUGAUAACAUAAUUAAAUCGAUGGACAAAAAUAAUGAUGGAAGUGUCACCUUUGAUGAGUUUGUGACACUUGUAAAAAAGAUAACUGGUACAGGACAGUAA